CAUAUUCUAUUUAUAACUUUUAAAGCUCAGCCAUAAUAAAUACUCGAAAAACAAUCGUCAAAAACAUUUCAUUUGCGUUACAUUUAUGAUUUAAUCUAGAUCUAGAUCUUAGAUCUAUAUUGUAGAUCUAUUUUUCAACAGCAGAUUAAGAUAGAAAACGAUAUAGAUUAUGGAACUACUGUUGUUUCUUUCAUUUGUCUCUUUCUUUAGUGAGGUAUUAUCUGAUUAUUGCGGAGAAGAUAAAUUCUGUCAUUCUCCAUACAAAUGCUGUGAAUCAAGAAAAGAAUGUUGCUAUGAUAGUAUGCUGCAUAGUAACCAACUGUUUAGAUUACAGAUAUGGAAUAUGUGGUAUUUUUGGCUCCUUGUUAUAUUUAUGUUGAUGUCAUGUUUUGGUGGAUGUGGCUACUACAGGAGAAGGCGAUUAGCAUUAAUGUCCAGGUCAAGUAGUCUUACAAGACCUGAUACAAUUCUGCCAGCACCUUGCCACAGUUCAACUCGACGCAGCAGAAAUCAAGAAGGCAGCAGACAGUUCAAUUUCUUUGCAUAUAAUGGCCCUGGUUUCAAUGGGCCAGAACCAGUAUCUAAUUUACCACCUGCAUACUAUGAGGUUGUAAAUCAACCAAAUCUCUAUCCUGUAAAUAAAGCAGAACUGCCUCCAUACCCAGGGUUUUCUAAGAAUGUAGAUGACAGUGAGAACAUUUUCCCUUCUCAAGGAUCUGCUAUGGGGCCACCACUGCAGGCUAACCUACCACCACCAUACACUGAGUUUCAGUAUAGCUCUUCACUGCCAGCCACUUCAUUAAAUCAGAAUAAUGGCAGCCAUGAAUCGGGCUCAGCAUCACAGGCAUUUAUUCCCCCUGUAUCAGCUGCCUCCUAUGUGAGGGAUCAUAGUUUAGAGGAAAAUAACUAACACAUCACCAUUUGGUGUAGAUCUUAUAUUUUUGUUCAUGUUACCAUCUCUGCAGUUUGAAUGUGUUCCUCCUUUUAAGUGUAAAACUAAAAUGUUGUCAAGGAGAAAUCUAUGUACAUUAUAUAUUAAGCAUUUAAUUUUGUUGGAAGCCUGGUGUCUGCAUAUGUGGAAGCAGCUAAGAAUUCCUAAUACAAGUCGAAAUUAAAAGUAAUUCAAAUGUUUGAAUAAAUAUUUCAUUACUUGACAAGUAGACUGCUACUUGUCAAGUAUUAGACAUUUUUUUUAAGCAUAUCAUUUUAAACUACAUCCCUUUAAACCACAUGUAUUAGCUCAGAAUUAUGAAAACCUAUUGUGCAAAUAUUUAAUUUAAUGAGAUCUUUUUUAAAUACUUUCAUGUUUUGGGACAUUAAGAGCUUUGUGGAAAUCCCCAAAAUACCCUUUUUUUUAAACUAGAGAUCUGUAAAAUACAAUUACAGAACAUUAUUUCAAAAUUUAAAUUGUAAAAUUAAAAGUUAUAUCCAUUUUCCUUAGCAAGCUUACUUGAUUUUUCUUUGUUCCUUUAGUUUGAUUUAACAUACUUUCAUGUACUGUUAUUUUUAUGUUACGCUCAUGAAAUGUCUCAGUUUGGCAAGCCUUAAUCAAGGUAUAGGUUUUUAAAGACAAACUUGCACUGAUGCAGGUUAAUUUUAAUUUUUCUUAGGUGCAUUUAUCAGCAUUUAGGUAAAAGAAGAACAACUUUUGUUGAGUGACUUUAAUUUGUGUUGAACUUGUACUUUGGUUUUAAAUAUUAGGCCUGUAAAUGAGGAAAAACCUGGUCUACAAUUUUUUAUUUUUUUUAAACUAAUUUGCUUAGAAUGGCUAUCAUUUUAAAAAAUCAUGUAACUGCUUUUCAUAUUAUCAUUUAAAAGCUGGCUUACUUUUCUUAUUCAAAUAAAUACUGAUUGCAUUAAUCUAGACAUUUUUAACACAGUAUGAAUUACAUUUAGAUGCAUAUUCAUAUACAUAUAAACCUCUUCUAUGUAGUUCUUCUUGUGGAUUAUUAGCUAUGAAUUUAAAAAAAACAACUGCAUAGCAUCAUAAGCCAUAUAAGUGUGUUUUUGAAAUAUUUUAGAAUGAGUAAAGUAGUAAGUCAUGCUAACAAUCUUAGCUAAAUUCUACACUGGGUUUGACUUAUUUGAGUUGUUUGAUGGCAGUAACCACUUCUUAUUCAGUUUCUUACUUAGAUCAAAAUCUAACAUUCAUUAUAAAAAUGUGCAAUAGUUUAGCUUUUUUUUUUAAAUUUGGAGCAGUGCCUUCUAUUCAUCAUUCUAUUUAGUAGUUUCUCACUUCAGAAAUGUUACUUUUGUUUUUAUUUACAAAUGUUGCAAAUAAACUUAUUGUCUCAUGUGUAGGUUAGUGCUAUGUUUAUGAGAUUACAUAUGCUAGAAAAUGUUUGACUUAUAUAAGAAUAUUUUUUUUUUUACAUAUAGUCAAAUGUCAGUUGUAUGAAUUAAACUUCAAUAACUAAAAAUAAAAUAUUUAUUUCAUAGUGCUUGAUUUUGAUACAGAAGCACAAACUUGUCUCUGUAAAUUAUUUGUGAUUCAAAAAAAUCAAAGUUUGUAAAGACAUUACAAUCCAAGUGGAGUGAAGGAAAAAAUUGACUACUGUUUAUAUGUAUAUUAUAUUAUCUAUAUUGAAAAAAAAAAAAAUGUUUUUAUUUUAAUUUAUUUGUUGUUUAAUUAGAUUAGAAAAGUAAAUUAUUUAUAUCUGAAGCUUUUUAAAUGUUUAUGACUUUUAUACUUUUUUUUCAUGUGAAUAGCUAAAAAAAUUAGUAUUUGUCUGUUAUAUUAAAGCUGUUUUAUUGUACAGUCAAUUUUCUUAUGAAAAUAAAGGAAAUAGAGUACCAAAAAAAAAAGUAAAAGUAUAAAUCCAACUGGCAAAAAUGUGUUGAUUAAAAGUAUUCAGUAACAUUAGAUGUCAUUUUUUGAAGCAACGAAUAUGUUUAAAAAGACUUGAGAGGGAGGGGGGAGACUCAAUUUAUGAAUGUACUGCACUGAGAUGCAUGUUUUUAAUCAAUUAAUUGUGCAAUGUAUACAUAUAUUUUAGUUCAUUCAUUAUAAGAAGAAACUGUAUAUGGUUUAGUAUCUAUGGAGCAGAUGGUACUGUAGAAGAACUUUGAAACUUCUCUACUGUAGAACAUACAUUUGAAACAGCUUCUUUACUAUAGAAAAUAAAUGUAAGCUUUGAAACGUCUCUACUGUAGAACAUUGAAAGUGUAAGCUUUGAAACAACUUCACAUAUUUCUUUUUAUAUUUUUUUAUCAACAAGCUCCCAAGUACUUAGAAUUUUUUAUUAAACAUUUUGAAGGCUGGAAGUCCUAACUUGUGCUUCAUUAGCUCAUGGUUUGUUAUUUUCUCAAAAUUUUCUACAACUAGUUAAUUUCAUUCUUAAUACCUGCUUUGUUUUAUAUAUAUAAAUAUAUAUAUAUUUAGGCACAGUAUAUAAGAAAUGCUCAAAUUAUAGUCAUUUAAUACCAGUAAAGGACUCUUUCAAUGGAUUUGGUAUCUGUUAAUAUAGAAUUAUAUUUAUCCCUAAAAUUAGGGAUUGAUAGUUUACAAAUGCCAAAUCAAGAGAACUCUAUUGCAAAUCAAAUGUGAUGAUAUUCACAAAAGGUUUCAGAAAUCAACUAAUUCAUAGUCAAGCAAUGGCUAUCAAAAUGAUGUAGAAAAUCAGUUCCUUUGUUAAACAUGUAGUAUAUUUAAUAAUUGUUAUUAAAGUAUAUAAAAAUUAAUUGGCUUUUACAAGUACAUGUUAUUUAAGAUAUUUGUCAAGAACUGUAACACAGUACCUUUUUUUUCAUUCGGAUUUUCCACAGAAUCAUCUGCCUUGACCUUACUGAAGCAUUGUAUGACAUUGAACUUGUUAGAAUUAGGAUUUAAAAAGAUAGUUAAAAUAGGUUCAAAAAACACAAAUCAUUUUCUAUAUUUUAUUUUUUUGACUUGUGUAUUUUGACGUUCAUCACAAUUAGGCUUCUUUUUUUUUUAAAUUUUAUUUUAAUUUAAAUAUUUUCAUAUUUAAUCUCAUGUGAUAUAACACCCAGUGUAAAAUGGAUUCACAAACAAAAAGUCUUUCCCUUUAGCUGUGACUUCUUCAUUUUAUUAGUUGUUUUUUUUCUUACUCUAAUUAACAAUUCAACCUUUUCAUUUUAUCCCUUCCUUGAAGAAAAUACAUUACUUUAUUUCAUAGUAUUGAAAUUCUUUAUUCUGAUCAUUCUGUGUCUUGUCUCCCUAAAAAUGUGUAAUCACCGAUGAAAUCUCUUUGGUCAUGUAUAAAAGUAAAUGUGUUGUGUGUGACAUAACUAAACAGAGUACUAGCUACCUUAGGGUUGACAGUCAAGUGGAAUCUGUUCAUUCCAUUGUGCAUGAAUGUUGUAGCUUUAUAAUUGCUUUUAUGUAACCCAAGAUCUCUUUGAAUAACAGUAUUCUUUUAUUUCUCGCAAUAUACUCUUAUUUUACAUAUGGUUUAUUUCUGUUCAUCUGUGUAUAUUACCUAAGUCUACAAAAAUGUUUGGAAAAAAAGCCUUCUAGUUUCAUUAUUAUGCAAAGAAAUGAAAUUGUUGAAAAACAAAUGUGUGACAGGCUGUAAAAUUAAAUACCACGUGUAUAUUUGACCAUUUAGAAUAAAUAUAUAUACCACAUGUAUUUUUCACAAUUUUAAAUAAAUAUAUACCAGAUGUAUAUUUGACAAUUUAAAAUAAAUAUAUAUACCAAGUGGAUAUUUUACAAUUUAGGAUUAAUACUUCCACUUUGUAUCAGUUUUUUGUUACAUGCCUUUUUAUUUUUUUUUAUUGGAAAGCGCUUUAUUUAUUGUAAGUUUUUAUUGCUUUAAAAGCUUCAGAUAAUGUCAACGCAAUAAUUUCUUUCCUUCCAUCAGAAUGUAUUAAAGUAUCUAUUUUUUUUCCUAUAUA